AGUCAGGAAGAUCUUAGCAGUACGCGAGCACGCUUUCUUCGGUGAAAGGCUGUAACCGAAAAUACUUCUGUUACGAAAAGAUAAAGUACUUUCACUAGUCACCGUGUGAAUACCGAGUCGGAAACAGGACCCAGCUGCUAUUUUGACCUAAAGUAUUGCAUAAAGAACUGGAAAAAUUGAUCAGAAAACAUGUUUGUGACAACUGUUGAAAUAACUGAACCUAAGUACCCCAAGCAAGUUUAUUAUCAUUUUAUGAGAAAAUGAGCAUGAAUCAGCAUAAUCUCCAAAGUAAAAAGCUAGCAGUGUUUAACAAUGAUAUUAAUUUUAUUUCAAAACAUCGUUUGAUUCAUUGAUACUAGUUUCUGUGGUUUCGUAUACCAUAAGCAUACGGAGACAGGAAGCAUUUCAGUAGCUCAACUUCCUCGAAAGACAUCACUGGUGAAUCCAUCUGCUUGAAAAUAGAGCCUAAAGUAACAAAGCACAGGACGUCCAGAAUCUCAUGGCAGGAGAAUCAAACCCUGAUCCACCUGAGGAUAACAGUAAUUUAAAAUAUCAACUGAGACAAUGGUUCACAGCCCUAGGAGCGAUCAUAGGAGCAAUUCUGGCUGGGAUGACUGGAGCUUAUAGUGCAGUCUUGAUUCCGCAGCUCGAAAAAAAUGCCGCGAUUGAAAAUUUCACCCAAGAAUACAAUAUUCAAAACUCGACGUUCAUGACCAGCUUUUUGGAAAACUUUGCAGCGAUCACGAUCGAAACAACAGGCGAGAAAUCAUGGUUAGGAUCCUCAGCGGCUCUUCUGCUGGCUCCUGGAUGUUGGAUGUCUGGGUUUAUGAUCGAGAAACUGGGAAGAAGGAUGACCCAUAUAGUGACAGCUCCCCUGUACUUUCUAGCUUGGUUUAUAGUCACCAUAAGUCCGAAUAUGAUCACCCUAAUCAUAGGAAGACUUUUGUGUGGACUUUGUAUGGGACUUUUGGGACCAGCAUGUCCAGUAUACAUAGCUGAGACAACCAACCCUCGUCUUAGAGGUAUUUUGCUAGGUUGCAUUUCUGUUGCAGCUUCAACUGGAAAUCUAUUAGCUCAUGCAGCAGGAACUUGGCUUCACUGGAGAUUGGCAAGUUUAUUCUGUGGUUCAUUCAACAUUCUUUGUUUCGUAAUCUGCAUCCUGUCACCCGAAAGCCCUACAUGGUACCUGAAAAAGGGAAGAAUCGAGGAUGCUUUGGAUGCCUGGAGAUUUUUAAGGGGAUCAACAAAUUCUAAGGAGUUUGAAAAAUUAAAAGUAGCCCACGCUCCAGGAUUUUCACAAAAGGCUUCUUCUGGAAUCAAGAGCAAAAUUGAUGAUGAGAAAGACUAUACCUGGAAGGAUAUUAUGGUGUCAAAGUCAUUUUUAAAGCCUCUGGGGAUUGUGUGUCUCCUGUUUUUUACUGCCCAGUGCUGUGGUGUGAAUGCAAUUACUUUUUAUAGUGUCACUAUUUUUGUAGAAGUGGCUGGACGUGAAGGAGCAUUCAUGUGGACCUUAAUUUUAGACGUGGUGAGAGUUUUGGUUUGUGGUUUGACCUGUUGGUUGAUUAAAAGACAUUCUAACAGAGGAUUGGCUUUGGGUUCUGGUUUGGGAUCAGCUGCAGUUCUCAUUUUACUUGCAAUUGUACAGUUUUUCGAAAUUGGAAAACCUUGGGCACCUGUAUCACUUUUAUUUGUGUAUACCUUCACAGCUUUUGUAGGUUUGGUUCCACUUUCGUGGAUGUUGUGUGGGGAAUUGUUUCCUAUGUCAUAUAAAGGAUUGGGUACAGGUUUAACAUCCGGAUUUGGAUUUUUGUGCCUUUUUAGUGUGGUGAUGACUUCACCUUAUAUGUUUAAAUAUCUCCUAGCAUGGGGGACAUUCUUGGCUUAUGGUUGCGUUGCUGCAACUGGAACUUUCUUACUAUUUUGUUAUUUGCCAGAAACCAGAGGGAAGACGCUGUUAGAGAUUGAGCGCUCAUUUGAUAAGAAAAUUGUGAAUGAUCCGGAAGUUGUAAAAGAACUGGAAAUGAACUCUGUAGUUUAAUAUUCGCUUUUUAUAAAAGUGAUAAAAGAGAUUAUGAGAUUUUAUAUCGAAAUGAUACUGAUUAUGAUCUAAUUGGUUAUAGCAAUGAGAGAUUAUAAGAUAACGCAGGGAUAAACUCCGCAGUUAAGAUUUUUUCAUCAAAUCAGGGAAAGGAUGUACAAACAUUUAUCAUUUUUUAUCAUUUGGCUGAAACGUGCCUUUGAUUUAAUGCUACUCUUUCACUUUUUACAGAUACCUAUCAAUUUUCUGUCAAACAUUUGCUUUAAAUAAUAAAAUGUUUUAUAAAAGAUUGAAGGCUAAUGAGAUUCUUUUUACUGAAAUUGUGCUAAUAAUAAGUAUGUGAUACAAAUAGUGAAACAGAAUAAAAUCAUUUAUCGAGUUUACUUACUGUGAUUAAUAACCGAAAAAUGUGAUAGGCUUAUCUUUUGGUUUUCCAGUAAUUAAAUUAGUGAAAAGUAAAUAUUAGGAGUCGUAAAUUACAAAAUCGAUUUAAAAAAAUGCAAAUAAUUUUUGUAAUAGUUCAGUAUUUGUAGUGAAUUAUAGACGAUGCGCUAUACGCAAACGACGAGUUGCGAAAUGUUAUUAAUAGUUGCUUGCAUGUCAUCAAUAUUUAUAGCAGGAAUACUUUAUGUUCCAUAGGUAUUACUUUGAAGUAAGCUUGUGUUUAAUUACUUUUUUUUAUGCAACUUCGACGAAACAGUAGAGAGUUAAAAAAUUUUGUACAAACUUUUUUAUGCUAAGUAAUUUUAGACGAUAUGCAAUUUUACUGCAAAAAUGUUAGUUUUUCUUGUUGAGUAUUUUAUUAAGUUCUAAGGUCGUCAU